AUAUUUUGUUCCAUCUCUUAUUUUCUUUUCAGAUCAAGAAUGCGAAGCUUCCAUUGGAAUGGUUCAUUCCAUAGCGUACGGUUACCAAAGUGUAACUUCAUCAGCCACCAAUUGUGAACAUCAAUCAUUCUAAUCCGAGAGUUGUUCUACGGAAAAAGCGCCCAUCUUUGUCUUGGACGGAGUCGGUUGUGCACCUUUCUCAUCUCAUCUCACCAGUGCUGAAGCAAGUCGUGCACACCGUAACUGGGGAGACAUUCGAGAGAGAAAAAAAAAAACGCGGAGUUUUAUACGCCGCCAAGUUAAUCCAACGUCAAAACUGCCUAUCUCCGCAUACACAGGCUAGUUGUGCGAGCACGCGAGUCGACAACGGAUGCUGUUGUAGUUAUUAUUUUAAAAAGAAAUAUUUAUUUAUUUAUUUAAUCCUAUUUAUUCGCCCCUAUCUUCCCCGCAUCUUCCUGUUAUUAUAACUAAGAAGUUGAACCGUUUCGGUAGUCUAAGCAGGUGACUGAUAAAGUUGUUGAAACUCGAGAAUAAGCUUAAUGUCUGCGAAGAAAAUGCACCCGCCAGCUAUGGUACAAACGCCAAUCGGACCGAUUGCAAGCAAAACCAAUACACUGGUGGUCGUCAGCAACAGUGUCGGCAAAGGGGCAAAGGAUCGUCAGAAUGCAGAAAACAUAGUUCCAGCGAGCGUCCAAAAUGGGCCAGCUAGUGAUCAAGUUAACAGCACCAAAAAACUCAGCAAUAAGGCUCCUCCGGUAGUAGCGACUAUCGCAACGACUACCCCAACGGUAGUGUCCUCCAAUGUGGUCAAGACAGUUCAACCGAACAUGAAUGGAGGAGCAUCGGUAAUUUCAACACUGAACAGCACCAAUCGAAGGAAAAGCCACCGACUGACUUCGCCCAAUCGAAGGCGGCGAGAGCAGCAGAACGUUUUCAACAGUCUGCGGGCAUGGGAUGUGAAGAUUGUAUCGAGUGUCCAACCCACGGUGGCAGCAAGCCAGGAUGAAGUUGGUGUAAAACAUGAGAUCCAGUCUGCUGCUCAAGGGGUUGGAAGCAGCAGCAUCAGCAAUGAGGCCAGCAAAGCUAAGUGCGAAAGAAGCAGCAGCGCCAGCAGCACUACAACCUCUGGCAGCAUGUCGAGUAGCGUUAGCAGCAAUACUAGCAGUAGUAGUUGUAUUACUAGUAGUAGUAGUGUAAGUAAUAGUAUUAAUGACAACAAUGGCUUAUCAUCGAAGGUCAAGAAACGUGGCGUAACAGUGGUAGCGCCAACAACCGUUCCGUGCAAGGAGCCGGCCGUCGCGGAUGUUGUAACCAUUCCCCAGAAUGUGAAGAAAAAGGAAGAUUCUGGUAAUCGAACCGAUGUCACCAACGACGGGGCAAAGCACAUCCAAAGCGUACCCAUACUGCAGCCGGUAUUGACGAUAAGCACCGCUAAUGGCCAUUGCAAAGUGCAAGGCAAAAAGGAAGAAUCCGGUAAUCGGCCCAGUGCCAGCAACGAUGGGAAGCAGAAUAUUCAGAACGCGCCCAUAGUGCAACCGGUACUGUCGAUAAGCGCCCCCAAUGGCCAUAGCAGAGUUCACGGCAAAGUUGACAAAAAGCUGCUGAACGGAAGUGGAGGCUUCGGUGCAAAUCAUCGUCAUCCGGCAGCGGCCAUUUUGCCAUCACAUUCAUCAUCCUCUGGAUCUGUCAUUCCAUCAUCGUCUUCGUCGUCCACGGUUGUUGCUUCGUUACCGUCUUCAGCAUCAUCUGUUACACGUUCAUCGCUGACACCUCCUGUAAUGUCUACGUCAUCCCCGGCAGUGCUAACGAGUUCACCAACGAAUCAUCCGAGGCAUAACUCUGGCGUCAACACACGAUCGUCCAAUGCUGGCAAAGUGUUACUUUCCAAUGUAAACACUCUGGAUCCGAUGACACUACUGCAGAGCAAACUUAGAGGCACGAUGAUUGGGCCACAGCAACAGCCUCCUCAUCACAUUUCACAUCAUCAUUCCAAUCAUUCAAACUUGCCGGGACAAAGUCACCAACAGCAACAGCAGCAACAACAUAAUGGCCAACAAAUGCCACCUACCACUCCUCCGCAUUAUAGUUUGGACUUUUUACACUCCGUUGGCAUGCGAAUGUUCACCACUUCCGGAACUAGUCAGACUGCAAAUGCUGCUUCCUCGGCAGCCGCUUCCGCGCUUUUACGUGCCAAUCCACAUUUUAACUACAACAAUUUCAACCAACAGCUGCACCAACAACAGCAACAGAUGAUUCAUCAGCACCAGCAACAUCAACAACAGCAACAACCAUUUCACCAAAUGCCGAGGCACUAUUCUAACAUGUACAACUGCGAUGACAUGCUGCUCCAGACUAGUGGUGGGACAGGCGAGCCACUAUAUCCGAGCUAUCCCGUUUCGGACCACAUGAUGAGUGGCGGUGCAGGGGCCGGAACAGUUGGUAUCAAUGCAAACGACAGCGGAAUGGCUUACUGCUAUUCGCAGAACCAUCAGCACCACCAUCAACAGCAGCACAACCAUUCAACGCAUCAGCAGCAGCAGCAUCAUCAUCACCAUCAGCAGCAAUCGUACGGCAGCUACCACCAGAAUAACAAUUACCAACAGCACAAUCGCAACUACGGACGUACCGGACCAGGCGGUGGAAACCUGCAAAACGGUGGCGGAAAGAAAACCUGGAACAACAAUUGGCACAAUGGUAAAAAACCAAUCCAAGGGAAAUACGGCAAUAAGGGAACCAGUUACAAUCAUGGCUACCGUAAAAAUUACCACUAUUAUCACAAUAGUCACUACGGUGGUGGCGGUGGUCACUAUUACGAUCAGAAUCAAAACCAGCAGUCGGAAAGCUUGCGCAAUCUUAUCUACAUCAAAGGUUACAGCAAUGGCCAAGGUCCACCUGAAAGUCACGGAAGUAUGAGUCGAUCACCCACCCCUAGCCCACAAUCGUCCAGCCCACCCAUCGAAGCAACUGAGGCUAGUCAAGCGAUUGUUCCCGGUAAACCUGUGCCCCACGAAGAACCAUCGGAUAGUGGAAUCGAAGAAACGAGUAGCAACCACAAAAAAUCUAGCACCGUUCCGAGUUCUUCUUCUUCGUCGUCAUCGAUGGUGUCUAUUCCGUCGACGGAUUCCUCGGCUAUCUCGGCAUCAGUUGCACAGAACCUAAGUAUGGAACUGAACUGCGGAAAUGGACAAGGCUACGAAUCUGACUCAUCACAUUCCUCCAGCUACAAUAGUCAUUCUUACCGACACCGAAAGUACGCCAACAGUGGCCAGGUUUACCGUUCUUCCUCAUCUACUUCCUCAGGAGUAUCAUCGACCGCUACCUUUCCGCCACUCAAUCCAGAUUACCAUCCGUCGAUACCAGCGAUGGCUGCAUCUGCCAGCAACACACCAACGGCGAUGAAUGCUCAGAUAACGGAUUUCUUUUUGCGAAGUCAGAGCUAUCACGGGUCACACCAGAAUCUGACAGCCGUCAGUGCCAGCACUAGUCCCCAUCCGCCGGAUUCUCCCGUGAACACUCCUCGUUCCAUCGUCGGAACACAAUCGAUGCCGAUGUUUAGUGAACUAUUCACUGGAAAGCAACCACCGCAGCAGCAGCUACAUCAACAACAGCACUCCCACCUGCAGAAGCAACAGCGAAGUCAGCCGAGCUCUCAUUAUGGAAGCGACAACUCACUUGAGAUCACCCUGCCGGCCGGUAGUGAAGGCUCAGGAUCAGCAUCGGUCAGCCCCAAUACUAGCGGCAUCGCGAGCAACUGUGGGAGCAGUGGAUUUACGAGCGCCCCAGCGUCUACGGUGCCGCCCAACGAGGCUCUCUCGAUGCAGAGCGGACAUCCGAAGAAACGCUAUUCUGGUCGCUCGUCACCAGUACCUUAUAUUGCUCCAGUUAAUCAGAAACCAAACCCGCCACCGACCAGUACGCAGAGCGAUGCAACAACUCCUUCUAGUCAGCAACUCAGCCCAACUUCGUCCGACCGGAAAGUACAACAUCCAUCGGCAUGGGACAAACCACCAACCGUGUCUAGCGAACUUACCAUGUCACCAACGGGCCCUCCAGCAUUUCAUAUUGCGCCGUUGAGUCCCAAUGGGAUUAAUGGCACUUUCAUGUAUCCAUACGACGGAAUGAAUAUGCACACGCCAGCUGAUCGUUUUUUGACGCGAGCUCAUUUGGUCGAACUUAAAACGCCUCCGGUUGAAUUGGCCCCGAGCGGCAGCAAGUGGGCUUCACUGUCGCAGGCCAUUUGGGACAAGUUCGUUGGGGCACAGCAGAAAGAAGGAAAGUAUGUGCAGAAAAUAAAACUGUGGAGGUACUUGUUUCUAAACAUCAGAUCGGCCUUCCCGCGGCUUAGUUUGUACAUGGUUGGAAGUUCCAUCUCCGGGUUCGCUUCCGAUACUUCCGACGUGGACAUGUGUUUGGUUUGCCGAUCGAAUACCGUGCCGUUUGACAUGCGAGGGGAAGCACUGUUUCAGUUGGGUCAACUGAAGAACUACUUUUUAAACAUUUGCACGAUGUUCGAGGAGUUCAGUGUAAUCCAAGCCAAAGUGCCGAUUCUGAGAUUCCGUGACACGGCCAACCAGAUAGUGUUUGACUUGAACUUCAACAACUCUGUUGGCAUUCGCAAUACUCACCUGUUGUAUCUGUAUUCGCAAAUGGAUUGGAGGCUACGACCAUUGACACUGGUCGUUAAGCUGUGGGCUCAGCAUCAUAACAUCAACGAUGCAAAGAACAUGACCAUUUCGAGCUACUCACUGGUACUAAUGGUGAUCCAUUUCCUACAGUACGGUGUUAAUCCUCCAGUAUUGCCCUGUUUGCAUGCGAUGUUUCCGGAUAAGUUUGUGCGAAUGUCAGAUAUCAGCACGUUGGAUCUCAUGGAAAAGGUAGAACCGUACAAAAAUGAUAACAAUUCUACGCUGGGUGAGCUCCUCGAGCAGUUUUUGGAGUAUUAUGCCAACUUUGAUUAUGCUCAUUACGCUAUCUCAGUUCGGACGGCCUCGGUGAUUCCGAUCGAAAGUGCACGAGUAGCACGGAGCUACAAAAACGAUCCCCAUCAUUGGCGACAGCUGUGCAUAGAAGAGCCCUUUGAUCUGACAAACACGGCCCGGUCGGUCUUUGAUGCCGAUGUUUUCGACCAAAUCAAAUCCGUGUUUUCGAUCUGCUGGCGGAGGCUAAAGGAAACCAACGAUCUCAGUUCGAUCUUCGAGUGCGAGCCACUGUUCAUACCGGUGGCUUCGGCGCUAUCCAUUACGUCAUGAUCGCUACAAUUGGCGAUCCGAGCAUUGUCGUCGUCGUGGUCGUGUUGUUUUGACGAACUACGGCGGCGAUUGCGUUGCAGCGCGGUUUACGGUGGUUGACUUGCACGUUCCGAUGCAACUCACACCUGAUGGCUGAAGGGAGGUGAGCUUCAUAAGACUGACAACUAUACUAUUAGGGAGGAAACAAAUAUUAAGUCCAAGCUAAACAAAACAAAAACCGUUCAAUCACCCGAACCGCCGUGGUUAAUAGGAAUGUGCGUGGGCGUGGUAACAAUCCUCGCAAACGGAAUGGUGGGUAAACUCGGAAAGCCACGUCUGCACAUAUCAUUUAGGCAUUGGUGGCCAAUAUCCUUGCCCCCUUUCUGGCGGUGCGAACAUAUGCAAAACCAGCAAUCGUACUUUAGCUGCAAGCAAUGUAACUAAAAGGCAUUAGCCAGACUCAAAAAAUGGCAAAAAAAUGUGUUCAUUUUAUCGCCAGUCGAAUAGUGUGAGUGUAAUCCAGAAUAUCGAGCGAACGCGAGACAUGAAUGAAAGGAAAUGAGAAUCACUAGAAUUUUAAGCUCGGUUCUGCGCUCCCGCAUCAAAUGCUAGUCUGUAGAAAGCGGGAGACGUUAUAUCAUGCAAUGAUCUCUUUAAUUAUUACGUUUUUCUGUGCCAUCAGUUUUUUGUUGUUUUGUACAUUUGUACGCUCGUAAGUACGCGGAAAGUUUUUCGUUUAUUUUUUUUGUGACUGAUGAGGCGAAUCCAAAAUGGAUGCUCAAUAUGAGGGGACCAAAUGGUUAGGAAAACCCAGAAAACUGCUUAAGAAUGAAAACAUUGCCCCGCAUAGCUUGCAAACAAGUAGCAGUCCGGAGUUACAUAUAUUUUCAAUUUUCGCUCUAUCAAUCUUGUUAGAUUUGAAUCCAAUACUCUUUCUAGCUAGUGCAGGCUUCUACGCAAAGAAAGCUUAAGGACUAAUAAGGAAACUGAAAGAUCCUAAGUAAUAAUAUAUAUCGAAAGUAGGAAAACGGCAGAAGAGAUACAAUAAUUCAGUGGGCGAAACAAAGACAAAGUUUGCAAACACGAAAUGAAUACACUUUUAGGGGUUCAUUUUUAAAACGAAAAAAAAAAGAUUUAUAUUAGAGAUGAAAAAACACGGCUGUGAAAAUUAAGAAAUUUAAAUUAUUAUUACAAAAAGAGUGAAGCGAAACUUAAAAAAAAAAACUAAUUAAAGGUAUAUUUUUAGAUUUAAUUUAUAUGAACAAGGGAAGAUGAAGAUGAUGGUGAAGUAGGAAGCAGGAAGCGAUCGAGAAGAAGAAGGCGUAGGAGCGGAAUGAUGGAAAACGAAAAAAAAAACAAAAAAAAGUAUUAAAACAAAGUUAAAAACAAAAAAAAAAGUUACAAAAAAGGUAAACCGCUUGACGAAGGCUGUCAGAACGAAGCAAUCAAGAACCAAGCAGACGCAGUGGACAAUUAUGCCUGCGAUUUCUUUUAGAAUUCUUCCGGGAGACAGUUUUUAUCAUGCGAACCAAAAAAAGCAAUAAGAAAGCAUAAAAUCUACAAAAAAAAACUAAGUCCGGAAAUGAUGCGUUUUGUUUGAAGAGGCGAAUUCUAUCUCAAUUUUUGUAUAUCGUUUUAAAAAGCACGGCAAAAGAAGCGCAGCAUCAGCAGCAGCAAGACAGAUUUUGACCGGACACAGAACAGGAGACAAGACAAACAUAGGUAGCACAGGAAAUAGGGAAGAACGCUCUCGAUAAAACGCAAAGCUCGGUAGGGGUUGGUUUACACGGGUUUUUGUUUCAUUGUUGUCUCGUAUUUUCAAAUCUGAACUGAAAGCUUAGGAAAAUAUUUUUUGCCAUUUUUGCUCAUGUUUUUGUUUUUUUCCUUUGCAUUACACAUGUAUAGAAGUACGUUAAGAGGCAGGUUACUCCGUAUAGAAAGGUCGAAAAGUCUUGUAAAACCAAAAAAAAAAAGUUUAAAAGAAACCCAACCAAAAAACCUGUUUUGUCUGUUCGCUUUUCUAGCUUUUUGUUGAUUGGCGAUUGUUACCUUGAGAAAGAGCAUUUAUUGACAGCGUUCUUAUUUGUUUCUAGCUGCACGUUUCGUACGCCAAAGUUAUUUAUUGCAGAUUAUUUAAAUGAAUAAUCAAAGGGUGAAGCAAGUUUGUAGUGCGGAUGAUGAGGAAUUGAGUCCAUCGAAGGCGCUAUAAAAUGCCUAGAAACGAUGCAUCAUGCAAAUUCCACCCAAGUCAGACGUGAACCUUAGCGACAGAGUUGUAUAGUAUAUAUCUGCUGUUAACAGUGGACAGAAAUGACACAGUGAACUCGUUUGGAACGAUACGUAUUUUGCCAGAGAGCAGAAAAAAAGGCGUAAAAAGUUAAAUAAAAAUCAAGAAAAAGUGAA